GCGAGGCCUCGCCCGCCCGGAGCCGGAGGCGGAGCGGGAUCCGGGAGCGCACGCCCAGACCCAGUGCCGCUCCGUCUGCGAAGGAGCCGCGCGCCGCCUCCGGACCUCACGCGGUGAGGAAGAGGGGACGCCGCAGGAUCCACACACACCUGCAACUCUCUACCGCCUUUUGUGCAAACUCCUAACUGUGCCCGACGUCCACGCAAGCGGGCAGGCAUGGGGUGUUUGGGCAAUAGCAAGACGUCAGAAGACCAGGGCGUCGAUGAAAAGGAAAGACGCGAGGCCAACAAAAAGAUCGAGAAGCAGUUGCAGAAGGAACGCCUGGCUUACAAAGCGACUCACCGCCUGCUGCUGCUGGGGGCUGGUGAGUCUGGGAAAAGCACUAUCGUCAAACAGAUGAGGAUCCUGCACGUUAAUGGAUUUAAUCCCGAGGAAAAGAAACAGAAAAUUCUGGACAUCCGGAAAAACGUUAAGGAUGCUAUUGUGACCAUUGUUUCUGCGAUGAGUACCAUAAUUCCCCCAGUUCCGCUGGCCAACCCAGAAAACCAGUUUCGAUCAGACUAUAUCAAGAGCAUAGCCCCCAUCACUGACUUUGAAUAUUCCCAGGAAUUCUUCGAUCAUGUGAAGAAGCUCUGGGAUGAUGAAGGCGUGAAGGCCUGCUUCGAGAGGUCCAAUGAGUACCAGCUCAUCGACUGCGCCCAAUACUUCCUGGAGAGAAUCGACAGCGUCAGCCUGGUGGACUACACACCCACAGACCAGGACCUCCUCAGGUGCCGAGUUCUGACAUCAGGGAUUUUUGAGACACGAUUCCAAGUGGACAAAGUCAAUUUCCACAUGUUCGACGUCGGAGGCCAGAGGGAUGAGAGAAGAAAAUGGAUCCAGUGCUUCAAUGACGUCACCGCCAUCAUCUAUGUGGCCGCCUGCAGCAGCUACAACAUGGUGAUCCGGGAGGACAACAACACUAACCGCCUGCGGGAGUCCCUGGACCUUUUCGAUAGCAUCUGGAACAACAGGUGGCUACGGACCAUUUCCAUCAUCUUGUUCUUGAACAAACAGGAUAUGCUGGCAGAAAAAGUCUUGGCAGGGAAAUCAAAAAUCGAAGACUAUUUCCCAGAGUACGCAAAUUACACUGUUCCUGAGGACGCAACACCGGAUGCAGGAGAAGAUCCCAAAGUCACAAGAGCAAAGUUCUUCAUCCGGGACCUCUUCUUGCGCAUCAGCACAGCCACGGGCGACGGCAAGCACUACUGCUACCCGCACUUCACGUGCGCUGUGGACACAGAGAACAUCCGCCGCGUCUUCAACGACUGCAGGGACAUCAUUCAGAGGAUGCACCUCAAGCAGUACGAGCUCCUGUGAGGCCCCCGCCCCUGCCCCGUGUCCCCGGGUCACCUGGCGCAGGGCAGCGAGUCCCCGUCCAUCAGCCCCCUGCGCCUGACCCGUGGGGGCUCCCCUGACCAGUGGGCCCCCAGCCACCUCUGUCCCCCUGCCUCCCCCUCAACUCAUGGAGAACUUGGCAGAUGGGGGGACGCACUGGCAGGGAUCACCCUUCUGAUCUGAUGGGCCCAUGACUCAGAGAAGCCCCUGAGCCACAGUGGGGACAGAACCCCUUUCAGUCCUGUCUCCAGGGGCGGCCGGCCUC